AGGUAACGAGAGCUCACCUUUGCUUGCUCACAAUAACAGUCACCUUGAGACUUGCCAGAAUUAACACAAUUUACCGCUUGAUCCUGAAUGUUUGGCUGUUCACCUUUGUGCGGAACAGACGGAGGAUGCUGUAAUGAGAGUCGGAUGCGAGAAGUUGUUUGACCUGUAGUCCGAGUUUUCUUUCAGCCGUUCCCUGCGACUCACCUGCCGCAUCUUCACCGACCUGAAAGUCCAGUUUCACUGUGGAAGCCCCGCACUGCACAUGGCUCAGGAGGAGAAUAAGCGUCUGGUGGUGGUGGUUCCUAAUGAGAUGACCAUUCCAUCACGCCGUACCUUCACGAGUGAAGAUGAGGCAUGGAAAUCUUACUUGGAGAAUCCACUGACCGCUGCCACCAAGGCCAUGAUGAGCAUUAAUGGAGAUGAGGAUAGUGUGGCCGCCCUGGGAAUCCUUUAUGAUUACUAUAAGGUUCCUAAAGAGAAGAGGCUCUUACCAGUACCCAGACUUCCAGAAGAUCAUGAAAAGAGUCGGAUCGGUCAAGAUGGUUUUGAAUCCACAGAGAAUCGUAUUCAUGUCCUGAAGUCACGUCCAGUCAACCUGUCCUUGAAUACGGACAUGCACAGUGCAGAAAGUAAACAAGACCUGUUUGAUACCAUGCCGGUUGAGGGGGGUGUUGUGGCCACUGUGAAGGCUGAGGUUUAUCCUCAGUCAUUCUCCAGCCAUCACCAGCAGCAGGGGCUUCAGUAUCAGCGCAUGCACUACCAUUCUUUACAGGUCUCAGCGAGCGCCAGCCACGACGGAUACGCGAAGGAUGAACAGUGUAGUACACCAGACAGUAGCACCUAUGAGGACUCCUAUCCUGAAGAGACUGUGAAGUACAGAGCGCCCACCACAGUAGGGGCUGAACAUUUCGGCCAGGCACGUCCAGGGGUAGACAUGUUCCAGUACAAUAUAGAAGCGAGUCGUUCGGCCCGUGAGAAGGCAGGCGAGGGACCCAUGAUCUACCUGAACAAAGGCCAGUUCUACGGCAUCACUCUCAGUGAGACCGGGGCCAACAAGGGCCUUCGUCACCCCAUCAGUAAAGUGCGGAGUGUAGUGAUGGUGGUGUUCGGACAGGAGAAGUGUCGAGAUGAGCAGCUCAAACACUGGAACUACUGGCACAGCCGUCAGCACACGGCCAAACAGAGAGUCCUUGACAUAGCUGACUAUAAAGAGAGCUUUAACACCAUUGGCAACAUUGAGGAAAUCUCAUACAAUGCUGUGUCCUUUACCUGGGAUGUCAAUGAAGAGGCAAAGGUUUUCAUUACGGUGAACUGUCUGAGCACGGAUUUCUCCUCACAGAAGGGAGUCAAAGGUCUUCCGCUUAUGAUCCAGAUUGACACCUACAGUUAUAAUAACAGGAGCAACAGACCCAUCCACAGAGCCUGCUCGCAGAUAAAGGUCUUCUGUGACAAGGGAGCUGAGCGAAAAAUUCGGGAUGAGGAGAAAAAGCAGCUCCGGAAGAAGGUCAAAGGUCAGACUGUCGGCCAGGGUCAUGAUGGUAAGAGAGGAAGUUUCGCCACUUUAUCUCAAAAGAGGCCAGAUAUUACACUUUUCAAAACUUUGUCGGACCUGGAGUCCCAGCCUGUCCUCUUCAUCCCCGAUGUCCAUUUGAACAACCUCCAGAGAGCCGGUCAGGUGUUCAGUUUUGGUGUUGAAGAAAUAGAGAGUGAUGGGCCGGCCAUGAAAAGAUCGUUCGCUCAUCGGUCAGAGGACGAUGUUUCUCCGCCCGUCAAAUACUGCAGAGAGGACAAGAGAGUCCUACUGUACGUAAGGAGAGAAGCUGAUGAGGUUUUUGAUGCACUGAUGCUGAGGUCUCCAACACUGAAAAGUUUACUUGAGGCAAUAUCAGGCAAAUAUUCUCUUCCUGUGGAGAAGAUGACUAAAAUCUAUAAGAAAAGCAAGAAAGGUAUCCUGGUCAACAUGGACGACAACAUCAUUCAGCACUACUGCAACGAGGACACGUUUAUCCUGGCCAUUGACAAUCAGGCCGACUGUUUCCGGGUCACUCUCACUGAAAUUUAAGUGUUAGUGCCGCAGUAACGUGGUUCUACUGAGAGAACCUGAUUGGGACCCUGAAGCAGCAGCACACAAUUCAUUCUGUGCAUCAGCGCUCCUAUUGGGUUCUUAUGACAUCUGUAUUAGAAGAUGAAAACGCCUUUGGAAGUCAUUGACUUGGGAAUGCACUUCAGUGGACCUGCUGGUACAGAUUAAAUUGUUUAAAUAAACAUUAUGAUGGAACUGUGGAACUAUGAUUAUCAUAUGUCUGAACAGCACAUAAAAAUGCUCUUCCAAAGCACUAUAAUAUGCCAGUCAAGUUUAAUGGCUUUUUUUUUUCUCUUUGUGCUGUCUCCCCCUUGUGGCCAACAAUGUGCAGCCGU